AUGAAGUUGCAGGUUCUUGCCAUUCUUUCCAUCUUUCUUCUUUCUCUUGAAGUUGAUGGGAGAAAGUCUUUACUCCAAAAAGAAGAUAGGGAAGAAGAUGCUAAGCUUGCCAAGCAAAGUACUAUAUUAGAUGCAGAUUUUCAUGGUAAAAUGGUGGCUUCUAAUCAUCAAAUGAAAAAAUUUCCGACUGAUUUAGAAGAUGCUGGGAAUCAAGAGGAUGAAAGUUCCGAAGGUGAUGAAGGAUUAGAGGAAGGCAUUCCGGAAGGUGAUGAAGGAGAAUAUGGAAGAGGAACUCCUGAAGGAGAAUCUGGAGAAGUUCCUGAAGAUACUAGUAACAAUGGAGGAGAUUCUGAAGAAACUGAACCUGGAGACGACCAAGGAGAAUCUAAAGGUGACGAUGGAGAUGGAGACGGAGAUAGAGACGACGAAGGCGAAUCUAGAGAAGGGGAUCUUGGUGACUAUGGAGGAGAUUUUGGAGGAAUGGUACAUGAAGACAACCAAAGAGAAUCUAGAGGCGACCAUGGAGAUAGAGAUAUUGUAGGUGAUGAUGUAGAUAAAAGGGGGUGA